AUGCACGGCUCUCCCUCCGCUCGCGGAGGCUCCUCCCGUCGUGGCCGCUCUCCCCGCACCGCGGCCACCUCUCUCCCUCCCGAUUUUUCUAUUCGCGCUCCUGCCACUUUCACCUCGUGCCUGACCAUCCCCGUCGAGGGCGCUACCCCGAUCGAACGCCCGGACGGUGCCCCCGCCCCGAGCGCAAGUGCGCCCGACGCCCCCGCCACGCCCACCGACGGCAAGCGCGCCCCCCGCAAAUCCAAGAUGGAUGCUAUCGCUGCGUUGCACACCCACACCCAGUCCACCCUUGGUGAGGAAUCCCUCAACGACUCGAUGCACGACGAGUGUGGUAUCCGCAUCCAGCUGCGCGAUGGGCCCCCUCUCCCCGUCGACUCCUCCCUCAAACUCUCCACCGUCAAGACUCCUUCGCAGAGACCCACAGCACCGAAACCCACCCCAAGACCGUUUGGCCUCACGGACUGCCCAACAUUCCGACCCACGGCCGAACAGUGGAAGGACCCCAUGGCGUAUAUCACCGCGAUAUCCGCCACUGCAAAGCGCUACGGCAUGUGCAAGAUUGUGCCCCCCAGCGACUGGGCCAUGCCCUUUGUGACAGACACCACGAGGUUCCGCUUCAAGACCCGACUCCAGAGGCUCAACUCUAUCGAGGCCUCGAGCAGGGCCAAGGUGAAUUUUCUUGAGCAGCUCUACCGCUUCCACAAGCAGCAGGGCAAUUCUCGCGUCUCGGUCCCCACCAUCAACCACAGGCCGCUCGACCUCUGGCUCUUGCGCAAGGAGGUACACAAGCUCGGGGGCUAUGAAGCGGUCACACGCGACAAGAAGUGGGCAGAUCUCGGUCGUCUGCUGGGCUACACCGGCAUCCCCGGGCUGGCGACGCAGAUGCGGAACUCGUACAGCCGCGUGAUCCUCCCGUACGAACACUUCUGCGAGCGCGUCCGCCACUCGGCUACGCUCUCCCCGAUCAAGCCGCGCGACAACACCAAGAAGGAGCAGUCUGCUAGCACCGCCGGGGCUGGCCGCGGCGGCUCUCCGCCACCAACGUCGGCGUCGGCGCCAGUGUCCAGGGCGGGCCCAAGCACCUCAACGGCGGCGGACGACGACAGUCCGCCUUCGAGCCCGCUAACGGCCACAUCGAGUCUGUCGGAGCCUCCGGAAGAGCCCGACUUCAAGCAGGCGAACGGCGUGAAGCAGGAGAAGCCUCAGCCGAGGCGUAGCGCGAGGCACACGUCACAGGAGCAGCCGAAUACUCGUAAGCCACAAAUUACGGCAGCGGUCGGAAGUUUUGGUGGGCUGACGGAAAUUUUAGGUGGUCGCCGAACGUCCACAGCCGCAAAUGCCGCCAACGGUACCGCGUCAGACAAGAAGAAGGACCCUAAGGACGAGGUGAGUCACUGCAGUGUCAUCUCCAGCGCCGAACGCGCCAGCUCAUGCAACGGUAAGCUGUACUGCGAGAUCUGCAUCAAACAAGACAAGGGCGAAGAGAUGCUGCUGUGUGACGGCUGUGAUUGCGGGUUCCACAUGUUCUGUCUCGACCCGCCGCUGGAAGGGGUCCCGCGAGGCGAAUGGUUUUGCCACAAUUGCUUGUUCAAUACCGGCGGUGAUUUUGGGUUCGACGAAGGCGAAGAGCACAGCCUGUCAAGCUUCCAGGCCCGAGACCUAGAGUUCCGGCGCCUAUGGUUUCUCAGCCAUCCGCCAGAGUCUUUCACUGGAAACUUGGCUCACGGCGAAUCGUCGUCGAAUGACUCGCCACCCGACCCUUACGCGAAUCGCUUUGGCAACAUGGUCAUCACCGAGGAUGACGUGGAGAAAGAGUUUUGGCGGCUUGUGGCGUCUCCGACCGAGACUGUCGAGGUGGAAUAUGGAGCCGACGUGCACUCUACGACCCACGGAAGCGGCAUGCCAUCCUUGGAGACCCACCCGCUAGAUUUGUAUUCCAAGGAUCCUUGGAAUUUAAACAACAUCCCCAUCUUGUCGCAAUCGCUUCUCCGAUACAUCAAGUCCGACAUAUCUGGGAUGACUGUUCCAUGGACCUAUGUUGGAAUGAUCUUCUCUACGUUCUGUUGGCACAACGAGGAUCAUUAUACAUACAGUAUCAACUACAUGCAUUGGGGCGAGACGAAGACCUGGUACAGCAUUCCCGGUUCUGACGCUGAGAAGUUCGAAGCAGCCAUCAAGAAGGAGGCCCCUGACUCGCGCUGGCGAAUUCGUGGUACAUUCCCGAAGGCUUAUCACGCGGGCUUCAACCACGGGCUCAACUUCAACGAGGCUGUGAACUUCGCGCUUCCUGACUGGCUGCCGAUGGGUCUCGACUGCGUGAAGCGAUACCAGUAUCACCACAAGCUGCCGGUCUUCUCUCAUGACGAGCUCCUCAUCACUAUUACGCAGCAGUCCCAUUCAAUUCAGACCGCAAUGUGGCUGAAUCACAGUCUCCAAGAGAUGACUGACCGGGAGAUGGAUGCUCGGAGACGAGCCCGAGAAAUGCAGAUGAACGAAAUUCUGGAGCAGACGGACCGGAACUCGGACGAUCAGUACCAGUGCGCCGUCUGCAAGGUCUUCUGCUACCUCUCGCAGAUCACAUGCACCUGCUCCACGAAGUUCGUGAGCUGCAUCGAGCACGUCGCGGAGCUGUGCAAGUGCCCGCUGUCGAAUCGCGUCCUUCGCAAGCGCUUCAGCGACACGGAGCUCCAGGACAUCCAGGCGAAGGUGUCCGAACAUGCCUCCGUACCUACCCAGUGGCGCAACAAGUUGAGGAAGCUCCUUGACGACACCCCCACCCCUCCUCUUCAGUCGCUUAUGACGCUCUGCGCGGAAGGCGAGAUCAUCGAAGACCACCUAAAGGAGCUGAGGCACCUCCGCAAGUGCGUUAACAAGGCGAACAACUGGCUGGAGGCUGCGGACGCGAUCCUCAAUCCCAAGCCGAACCGGAAGGGAGGUCGCAAGCCUCGCCGAUCGUCGAUCGCAACCGCAGACGGCGGCAUGGAGCCCCGCACACUUGACGAUCUCUACGCGCUCCUCGCUGAGGUUGAGCAUCUAGGUUUCGAUGCCCCCCAGAUCGCUGAACUCAAGGAUGUCGCCAAGAAUGCUGAGGAGACGCGCAAGACGGCCCGCGACGAGUGGGUGAAGGAGUGCAAGCAGCUGAUCCAACUGUCAUUGUCGCUCCACGUGCUCGUUCCCGAGGUCAUCGAACUGGAGAAGGUCGUGCUCCGCGACGAGCUCGUGAAGGAGCUGAACCCAGUCUAUCAGGAUCAGAGCGUUACACUCUCCUUCAAGGACGUCCGCGCGUUUGUGACCCGUGCACAGGCAUGCACCCUCUCGUUUGAGGAUCCCCGCAUGCGUUGGCUGGAUCACCUCUAUCGCAAGGGCGAAGCGUGGGAGAAAAACGCGAAGCGCAUACUCGACAAGCACCCACGGACUCUCGACGAGCUGGAAGAAUUCGCUCAAUCCCUUCUCCAGCGGCUCAUCGACCUCCGAGCUCGGGGCAAGGAGUACGAGCGCCAGGCGCAGAUGUGGAUGAUGGGCGGCCCUAUGCCCGAGAAGCCGAAGGUCACAGACGUGGUGAAGUUCGUUACCGAGGCGGAGAAGGACUUCGACAUCGUCGCUGUCGGCGACCUCCGCCGUACGGUCGACUUCGCGCAGGAUCUGGAGUCGCGCUGCGAAGCUGUCGUCAAGGGUACCUACCAGAACGCGGACGAGCCGGACAAGCUCGACAAGCAGCUGGCGGCACACUACCGGUGGAUCGAGACGCUUCCUUGGUACUGCAGGCAACACAACGAUACUCACGGUCAGCCUAUCUUGGACGACGUCGUCGAGUCGACCCGCCCCGAGGAUGACCUCCCGCCGAACGACGAGUACUACACCUGCAUAUGCACGUCGCCCGUGCGCCCACCCAGUGCCAACCAGGUGUCGGACGCGGUGCAGUGCGAUCACUGCUUCGCGCGCUUCCACGGUGUGUGCGCGGCGAACGGUGGCUCGUGCCCAUUCUGCGACCACCACCACUGGAACGGGACAAUCCACAAGGAGCGCUCCUGGCACUUCUGCUACCUGCCCACGACCCUCAUGCAGGCACCAGACGUCUCGCGCUACUACGCAGAGGAGUGGAAGCAGCUCGAGAUCAUCGUGCACCGCGUCGAUCGCCUCGCGGGCGUUAUCGGUCAAUUCAUCUCCUUCCUCAACCAGCCCGCGAACCAGCGGCUCGACUACCUCGGCCAGGUCCGCCACUACAUGCGCAAGCUUUACAAGAUCCAAUUCGCGGUCGCACCCACGCCAGGGGUGUCGUUUGGGCUCGAGCUCGCGAGCCUGCACCGCGUGCUCGCGGGUCAGCCCGCGCCGGUGCGGACGAAGAAGCGGCGGCGGCCCAAGUUCGUGUUCGGCCAGGACCUUGACAAGGACUGGAUCGACCACACGCGGUGCAUUUGCCGCGGGCGCACGCCCGGGCUGCUCAACUUCCCGCAGGUGCAGUGCGAACUUUGCCAGAAGCUGUACCAUGGCGGCUGCGUGUUCUUCCCAGUCGAGGCAGGGUCGCGCGGGAUGUUCUUGUGCCCGCUGUGCUGUGUGCGGAAGAACAGGCAAUACCCGUUCUCGGAGGUACGUGUGAAGCACGUCGAUAACGCCGACCCGGAGAUCUUUGUGAACACGAAGGAGAUGCUGGAGACCUUUAGCAAGGACAUCAUUUAUCAGCGACUGGCUCCUCCUUUCACGCAGACGCUCUUCGUGGAGCUUAUCCGGUUCACACCUGGACAGCCGGACAACGUCGCUCCCAAUGGCGCUUCGUCCUCUUCGGGCGGUCCGCGGACUUCCGGGCCCAGCAACGCUCCCCUCCCUGUGCCCAACGGGACUUCUCACAUGGCCCCACUCGCACUCCCAUUCGCACUCGCACUCCUCGCACUCGCAGCACUCGACGCCACAGCCCCCCCGUCCUCGUCAUCGUCCGUCGGCCGCUCGAACCAGGGCACGGGCAUGUCCCCGAGCCUCGCGAUGAUGCUCGCCCCGCCAGGCGCGGACUUGCGCUCGCCGACGCGGGCGCCCCCGCCGUCUCACCCAACGCCGUCGGUCAGCGUAGCGUACGGCCGCGCGGGCCCGAGCGCGCUCCCGCCGUCGCUGCACCGGGAGCGUGAAAGAGAGCACAUACGGGAGCACGUCGAGAACAGCCAGUCGCCGCUUGGGACGCGCAAGCCUGUCACCACGUACUGGGGGCAGAACAUGAGUGUACGUGGGGACGAGGACCGAUGGGGCGCGCCGCCGCCGCACGAUGGACGGUCCCCGACGCACCCGCCUCGGCAUCAGUGA